CUGAACUUCUGAAUCCCACGUCACUGACUCUCAUUAUUGCUUGACGCUGAGCAGCAGCAGCAGCAGCAGCCAUGAGCUUCUCAAUCGAAGAAAGAGGAAAUCCGAACACUCUGAGCUACAGGGUGUUUUACAAGAACCAGGAUGGAAAAUACAUUUCACCAUUCCAUGACAUCCCUAUCUACGCGGAUGAAGCUCAGAACAUUUUCAAUAUGGUUGUGGAGGUACCCCGAUGGACAAACGCAAAAAUGGAGAUUGCUACAAAGGACCCACUUAAUCCAAUAAAGCAGGAUGUGAAAAAGGGGAAUUUGCGUUAUGUGGCCAAUGUUUUCCCACAUAAAGGAUACAUCUGGAACUAUGGUGCAAUUCCUCAAACAUGGGAAGACCCUGGCCACAAAGACUGUGAUACUGGAUGCUGUGGCGACAAUGACCCAAUUGAUGUCUGUGAAAUUGGCAGCAGGGUAUGCUCACGUGGAGAAGUUAUUAAAGUGAAAGUCCUGGGCGUACUGGCUAUGAUUGAUGAAGGUGAAACUGACUGGAAAGUUAUUGCCAUCAAUGUUGAUGACCCAGAAGCAAACGACUUCAAUGAUAUUACUGAUGUUCAGCGACUCAAGCCAGGCUACCUUGAAGCUACUGUGAAUUGGUUUAGACUGUACAAAGUACCAGACGGGAAGCCUGAAAACAAGUUUGCUUUCAAUGAGGAAUUUAAAAACAAGGACUUUGCCAUUAAGACAAUCAAAAGCACCCAUGAGUUCUGGAAGGCACUUAUUUCACAACAGGCCAAUGCAGGAGGUUUGAGCUGUAAAAACACCUGUGUGUCGGAGGCAUGCAGUCCAUUCUGCUUCUCACAGGAGGAUGCCAAGGCUGUCGUUGGCACUUGUCCCUGUGGCGAUGCAGGAGCCAUUCCAGACUCGGUUGACAAAUGGUUUUAUUAUCAGAAGUGACAAGAGAACAGAGCAGUCUUGAUGGACCUAACUUGGUCCUUUUAGAACCUGCACACAUCAGCAGAAAUGAAUAAUUUACAUGUAUGGAAGCUAACGAUCAGAGUAGUAGGGAUAAGUUAACACAUUGCUAAAAUAUAUAUAUUUUUCAUUUAAUCAUUGUGCUAUUAGAUUGCAUACAGUUUAUGAUUGAUUGUUAUGGAAAGUAGUAGUCUGGUUAAACCCGGGUACUAAUAAAGUUUUUCCGCUUGUUCCUGUCAA